CACUGGAAAAGCUGAAGUGUCAUUGUGCCCUUGAGGCUUCCUGUGCUCUAGGGAAUUCCUGAGGCUCAAAUCAUAGCUUCUUAAGUAAUGAAGACAAGAAAGAGAAAUUGAAGUGACCAGCCUGAAAGAUUUUGCCAGAGACAAAGCCAUACAAAAGUAUAAACAGAUGAAAAAGAGAGUUUUUGAAAGAAAGAUCGUUAGUAGCAAAGAAAUGAAGAGAAAUUGAGGUCCACAUCUAGAAUGGAGGCGUGGAAGACAUUUUGGGGGAUCAUCCUCCUUGAAGCUGGUUUUGGCUUCAUCAAGUCACAGAGGAUCGUUUGCAGGGAGGCCUCUCUGGGAGAUGUUGUGUUUCUGGUGGACACCAGCAUCAACCCCCAACAUACACGCAGUGUGCGGAACUUCUUGUACAUUCUGGUAAACAGCUUCAAUGUCAGCAGCGAGACCAUCCGUGUGGGUCUUGUUCAGUACAGCGAUGUGCCCCAUUCCGAGUUCUUGCUUUCCACCUACCACCGUAAGAAUGAUGUAUUGAGACACAUUCGGCAAUUUCAAUUUAAGCCUGGGGGCAAGAAGAUGGGCCUGGCCCUGCAGUUCAUUCUAGAUCACCACUUCCAGGAAGCAGCAGGGAGCCGAGCAAGCCAAGGUGUACCUCAGAUCGCCGUGGUGAUAAGCAGUGGGCCAGCUGAGGACCAUGUCCACAUACCUGGGGAGGCACUGAGGCUGGCAGGCAUCCUGGUUUAUGCUGUUGGCGUCAAAGAUGCAGUUGGGGCAGAGCUCAGGAAAAUUGCCAGUAGCCCCCAGGAGAACUUUACCUCCUUUGUUCCCAACUUCUCUGGUCUGAGUAGUCUCGCCCAGAAGCUGCGGCAGGAGGUCUGCGAUACCUUGGCAAAGGCAGCUCCACGUGUUGACCACAUCUCUCCAGCUUGCAGAGAAGGCGCUGUGGCAGAUGUGGUGUUUCUAGUAGACAGUUCAACUAGCAUUGGACCCCAGAACUUCCAAAAAGUCAAGAACUUCCUUUACUCCGUCGUCUCGGGGCUCGACAUCAGCAGUGACCGUGUCCGAGUGGGACUUGCCCAGUAUAAUGACAACAUCUACCCAGCCUUCCAGCUGAACCCUCUGAAGAGCAUGGUCUUGGAGCAGAUCCAGAAUCUGCCGUACCGCACAGGAGGCACAAACACAGGGAAUGCUCUGGACUUUAUCCGGACCAACUAUUUGACUGAGGGGUCUGGCAGUCGGGCCAAGGACAGAGUUUCUCAGAUAGUUAUCCUGGUGACAGAUGGGGAGUCAAAUGAUGAGGUCCAGGAGGCGGCUGACCGGUUGAAAGAAGAUGGAGUUGUUGUGUAUGUGGUAGGGAUCAAUGUCCAGGAUGUCCAAGAGUUGCAAAAAAUAGCCAGUGAGCCAUUUGAGAAGUUUCUCUUCAACAUCGAAAACUUCAACAUCCUGCAGGAUUUUUCAGGAAGUAUUCUUCAGACUCUGUGCUCAGCAGUGGAGGGGAAGAUAAAAGAAUUCAUCAAAGCCUACGCAGAUGUGGUCUUUCUUGCUGACACCUCACAGGGCACAUCACAGACCAGUUUCCAGUGGAUACAGAAUUUCCUCUCCAGAGUGGUUGGCAUGUUGGAGGUUGGCAGGGACAAGUAUCAGAUUGGGCUGGCUCAGUAUGGUGAUCAAGGUCACACUGAGUUUUUGCUCAAUACCUACAAGACCCAGAAUGAGAUGAUAGCUCAUAUUCAUGAACGUUUUGUGCCCCUGGCUGGCUCCAGGAGGACAGGCAAAGCACUGCAAUACCUUCUUCAGACCUUCUUCCAGGAGGAAGCAGGAAGCCGUUUUCUCCAGGGCAUUCCCCAGUAUGCAGUGGUCAUUACCUCAGGCAAAUCUAAAGAUGAAGUCCAGGAUGCUGCACAGAGACUAAGGGAGAAAGGCGUGAAAGUUAUGUCUGUCGGUGUGCAGGACUUUGACAGGAGAGAAUUGGAAGGGAUGGGGUCCCCAGACCUUGUGUACGAUAUGCAGGGAGAAGACAGAGUCAGACACGUGGUGGAAGAUAUGAAUGUGGUGAUCCAAGGGACUGGACAGCGGGAGCACAGGAAUACAGCCAACAAGGAGGCUGUAGGAGCAUGUGCAAUUGCUAUACCGGCUGACUUAGUAUUCCUCAUUGAGGAAUUUAGCAGGGUUAGGCAACCCAAUUUCCAACAAGUUGUCAAUUUCCUAAAGACCAUUGUCAGUUCUCUAAGCAUUCUUCCUGAUGCUGUGAGAUUUGGCUUGGUCUUCUACAGCGAGGAAUCACGACUUGAAUUUUCACUGGAUACAUUUCGGAAUCCAGCUGAAAUCUUGGAGCAUUUGGACAAAUUAACCUACCGUGAAAGAAGAGGAAGGACGAAGACUGGUGCUGCAUUAGAUUUCCUGAGGAAUGAGGUUUUCAUUCCGGAGAAGGGUAGCCGGUCCAGCCACGGCGUGCAGCAGAUAGCUGUGGUCAUCACGGAAAACGUCUCCCAAGACAGUAUCUUUGGACCUGCUUCUCGCCUCCGAAGAGCAGGGGUCACCAUCUAUGCAGUGGGCACCCAGGAUGUCUCAGAGAGUAAGGACCUGGAGAAGAUGGCAUCAUAUCCUCCUUGGAAGCAUUCAGUCCCCCUGGAAUCCUUUUUGCAGCUCUCCAUAGUAGGAAGCAAGCUUAUGAACCAGCUCUGCCCUGAGAUUGUGCACCGUCAAGUUUCUGUUAGUGGGACGAGCUAUCCCGUACAGGAAGGUUGUGCGCACAUCCAAAAGGCAGAUAUUUACUUCCUUAUUGAUGGGUCUGGCAGCAUCAAUCCAGAAGCUUUUCUUGACAUGAAAGUGUUCAUGAAUGAAGUGAUAAAGAUGUUCCAGAUUGGGCCUGACAGAGUACAGUUUGGAGUCAUUCAGUACUCAGAUGAAAUUAAAAGUAAAUUCGUCCUCAGCCAGUAUCCCACUGUGGCAGAGCUGAAGGUAGCCAUUGACAACAUCCAGCAGGGGGGAGGUGGUACCACAACCGGUGAGGCCUUGAACUACAUGACUCAAGUGUUUGCAGACACUGCCCGAAUCAAUGUCGCUCGAUAUCUUAUAGUCAUCACUGACGGUAAAUCUUCAGACCCGGUGGCUGAUGCUGCAGAAGGAUUGAGGGCAAGUGGAAUUAUCAUUUAUGCCAUUGGAGUAAGAGAAGCUAACAUUGAUGAGCUUAAGGAAAUAGCUAAAGACAAGAUUUUUUUUGUGUAUGAGUUUGAUUUACUGAAGGACAUACAAAAAGAAGUGGUACGGGACAUCUGCUCCUCAGAGGCCUGUAAGAAUAGUAAAGCUGACAUUGUCUUCCUGAUAGAUGGUUCAGAAUCUAUCUCCCCAGAAGACUUUGAAAGGAUGAAAAUAUUUGUGGAGAGUAUGGUGAACCAAUCUAAUAUUGGUGCUGAUGGAAUUCAAAUUGGCCUUUUGCAGUUCAGCUCAACACCACAGGAAGAAUUCAGGCUCAACCAAUACUCCUCAAAGGUGGACAUUUAUAAUGCCAUCUUUGAUGUUCAGCAGAUGCGUGAUGGCACCCGCACUGGGAAAGCUCUGAAUUUCACUCUGCCUUUUUUUGACAGUUCAAAAGGAGGGAGACCCAGUGUUCAACAAUAUCUGAUUGUGAUCACCGAUGGGGUUGCCCAGGAUAAUGUAAUUAUACCAGCCAAAGCCCUCAGGGACAAAAACAUAAUUAUUUUUGCCAUUGGGGUGGGAGAAGCCAAAAAAUCGCAGCUUUUGGAGAUCACUAAUGAUGAGGACAAAGUGUACUAUGAUGUAGAUUUUGAGGUCCUGCAGAACCUGGAAAAGGAAAUUCUUUCUAAGGUCUGUGAUCCACAAGGAUGCGACCUGGAUUUGUCUGUAGGAAUUGAUAUCUCAACUCCUUCAAAGCAAGUUCAGCAGAAGCUUCAAGGUUUACUGCCAGAGCUGAUGCAACAGUUGGCUUUGCUUUCUAACAUCAGCUGCAUUUCCAAUCAGAUUAACCCAAGAUUCCGCUACUUGGUUCCUGGCCCAAAUGGCCAACUUAUCUUUGACUCUGGCUUUGAAAAAUACAGUUAUGAGAUCAUCCAGAAGUUCUUGGUUCAUCAGGCUGCCAAGAAUAGCUAUAUGGAUGUGAACUUUUUGCAGUCCUUGGGAGAUAAUGCUAUUCAUCUCUCUUCUGCUCAAGUGAAGGUCCUUUUAGUAUUUACGGAUGGACUGGAUGAUGAUUUAAAGAGACUGAAGAAAACAUCGGAGUUUCUCCACAGCAGAGGAUUCUCUGGACUCCUAGUCAUUGGCCUGGAAGGUGUCCAUAAAUUAGAAGAGCUCCAGGAGCUGGAAUUUGGCAGAGGGUUUGCAUAUAAGCAACCUCUGAGCAUCACACUGCAAUCCCUCCCAAGCAUCUUACUGAAGCAACUUGAUACAGUUGUGGAAAGAACGUGCUGUGAUAUAUAUGCAAAGUGUUUCGGAGAAGAUGGGUACAGAGGUGAUUAUGGGAGUCCUGGGAGGAAGGGAGAGAAGGGUUUUGAUGGAUUACCUGGUCAUCCUGGUGAAGAAGGCAGAUCUGGAGAACGAGGCCUCCGGGGUCUUCCUGGACUCCGAGGUGAGGAAGGAUGCCCUGGUAUGAGGGGACCUAAGGGAGCAAGAGGAUUUUCAGGAGAGAAGGGCAACCCUGGUGAGGAAGGAGCUGAUGGCUUGGAUGGAGAACAGGGUGAUCGUGGAAUCCCAGGGUCACUUGGAGAAAAAGGAAAUAGGGGAAAUCGGGGCUUGCCGGGACUGCCAGGACAACCUGGAGAGCUUGGAGAGCCUGGGCUAAGGGGAGAUCCUGGGGAUCCUGGAACUAAUAGCUAUAUCCAAGGCCCUAAGGGAGAAAAAGGAAGGCGUGGGCAUCAGGGACGUUCUAGUUUUGAUGGAGUUCAGGGAGAAACUGGAAAUGUUGGCCCUCAGGGGACAAGAGGAAGGCGAGGUCUGGCAGGGUUAAAGGGUGUGCCUGGAGAAUCCGGUGAACAGGGUUACCAAGGAGAGCUUGGGUAUCCAGGCUCACAGGGGCCAAGAGGAAGGCAAGGACCACCAGGGACUUCUGGACAAAAAGGCUUAGUGGGUGCUCAGGGGAAUCCUGGCACUCCAGGGCCUCCAGGUUCAAAAGGAAAAGAUGGACUAAGAGGAAUAAAGGGAGAGCUUGGUGAUGCAGGAGAAAGAGGCCCAAGGGGUCAACAAGGACCAAGAGGGCAACCUGGUCUUCCUGGUUCUGAUGGAUAUGGACAUCCAGGAAGAAAAGGAAAAAAGGGUGAACCUGGAUUCCCUGGCCAUCCUGGUGCACAAGGAGAAGAUGGUGACCCGGGCCGUCCAGGAGAGAAGGGGGUGAAGGGAGUAAGAGGGAAGAGGGCUAAUGCUGGCUUUCCUGGAUUUGUUGGAACUCCAGGUGACCAAGGCCCACCAGGAAAAAUGGGCAUCAAGGGCCCCAAAGGUUUGGUAGAUAUGACGCCUUGCAAAAUUGUUGAUUUCACACGCAAAAACUGCCCUUGUUCAAGAGGUAUUUCCAGAUGCCCAGCGUUCCCAACUGAAGUAGCCUUUGCCUUGGACAUGUCAAGUGAUGUCUCUCCACUGGAUUUUGAGAGGAUGAGAGACAUUUUAUUAUCUCUGCUGAUGAAGAUGGAAAUAAGUGACAGUAACUGCCCAACAGGUGCCCGUGUGGCCAUUGUUUCCUACAAUGCCAAAACCAAUUACCUGGUUCGUUUCUCAGACUACAAGGGGAAAGCUGCACUCCUGGAGGCUGUCAGGAACAUCCCCCUGGAGCAGUCGUCUGGCCGCAGGAACCUCGGGGCCACCAUGAGAUUUAUGGCAAGACACGUGUUCAAACGUGUACGCUCGGGUCUUCUCAUGAGGAAGGUGACUGUGUUCUUCCAGACUGGCUGGGCCUAUGAUACACCUUCCAUCAUCACAGCCACACUGGAGCUUGCUGCAGUGGACAUCAUCCCCGCGGUCAUCACCUUCACAGAGCGGCACAACCUCCCAGAUACCCUGCUGAUGGAUGGAACCAACAGAUUUUACUUGUUCGUCUGGAAGACAGAGCACCAGCAGGAUGUGGAACAUGUGGCCCGCUGUGUUCUCUGCUACGACAAAUGCAGACCUGACCUGGAAUGCCCGGCUGGCAUGCCGGGGCCCCAGGAGGUGGACGUGGACUUGGUGUUUGUGGUGGACAGCUCCUAUGGUGUGGAUGCCGACGUGUACCGCUGGUCUUUGAGUCUAGUGGACGCUGCGCUAGAAGACCUGGAGGUGGCUGAGCAGCCAGGCACGUCCCACCAUGGGGCACGCGUGGCCCUGGUGACACACACGACACCCAACUUCUGGCCGGGUGUGGGUCACCUCCCUGUGCUGCAGCACUUCCACUUGACCACCUAUGGCCACCGGAUGCAGAUGCAGAGACAUGUCCUUGAGGCUGCAGGUCGCCCCUUACGGGGAACUCCCACCCUAGGCCACGCCCUGGAGUGGACGCUGCAGAAUGUGCUCCUGGCAGCCCCUCUGCCGCGGAGGGCACGAGUCCUCUUUGCCAUCGUGGCCAGCGAGACAAGUAGCUGGGACAGGGAGAAGCUAUGGACUCUGUCCCUGGAGGCCAAAUGCAAGGGCAUCACCCUCUUUGUGCUGGCCUUGGGUCCAGGUGUGGGGACCGAUGAGCUAGCCGAGCUGGCCUCCGUGGUCAGUGCCCCCUCCGAGCAGCAUCUACUGCGCCUACAAGGAGUCUCAGAGCCAGAGGUCACCUACGCUCGGAGAUUCACUCGGGCCUUCCUGAGCCUCCUAAAAAGUGGAACGAACCAGUACCCACCCCCAGAGCUCACUGAAGAAUGUGGGGGUCUACACCGUGGGGACACUCUGCUGCAAUUAGUUACACCUGCCAACAGGUUGCCCAGGCACCCAUUUGGCAUGUCCGGCUUGGCUGAUGAUUUGGAAGCACUUGAAGCAACAGACAUUUUUCUAGAAGAGACGAGAAAAGACAUGAUAACAUCUGUAACUCAGCAAGAAGCACUUGAAAACUAUGAAAACAACAAACAUGACAUUGGAGGCAAUAAACAAGAAACACCAGCAAAACAAACAGAAGCUAGAAAAGAAAGCAAUGCAGGCAUUACCUAUGAUCCUUGUUCCAUGGAUCCAGUGCAAGGUGAGUGCCAGGAUUACACCCUGAAGUGGUAUUACAACAAGGAGGAGCGGGUUUGCCAGCAGUUCUGGUAUGGAAGCUGUGGGGGCAAUGCCAACCGGUUUGAAACCAAAGAAGAAUGUGAGGCUCAGUGUGUCCCAACACAGUAAUGGUACAGGCAGGGCCCUGUUACUGGUAAAGGCAGGGCUUUUAAUGCUGAUGAAAUAGGGAUUGCCCUGGCUGAGGCAGGACUGCACCGCUCAGAAGCGACGCAGAGCCCACUGCAGGACCUUGGACAUCAGAUUUCUCAACCCCUGAAUGUUUUCCUGCCAGCAUCGACUUGGGCCAGAUGAUUUGUGACUUGAGGACUGAAUUCUAAUAGUUAAAAAAGUAACUGAAAGAUAUUUAAAUGAAUUAGAACGGAAUGAAAAAGAAACUUGAACUUGACCUAUAAUAUUAUUUUAAAAUUUUGGGGUGCUAUGUAGUAAAAGAACAUUCAGUAUAAGCAGUGAGAAAAACCUAAUUCAGAAAUGAAUGGAAACUUGGUUUGUUUUUUACCACCAGAGAAGAGGGAAAUAUUAGUCAAAGAGAGGGCAUGUAAAAAGGGACAUCUAAUGUGAAUGAACUUCAUCCUUACUACUUAUUAUAGACAAAUAAAGGCAUUCAAUCAUCA